AGAAGAAGACACCCGGAAGAAGUGCAGCUGCAGCGCAGGCGUCAUUUGCUUUCCUGAUGGAUGGAAGUUUUUAAAUACGGAUUAAAUAUGCCAGCAGUCGAAGUCAGAAUGUCUUCAGCUUUGAGGCAUUUUAUAAACGACAGACUAACUGCUGCUGCCGAGGAAAUAUUCACGGAGUUUGAAAAAACCAUCGUCCAGUACGAAGAGGAGCUCGACCGUCAGCGCAGACUGCUGGAUGUCAUCUGGAAACCACAGAUAAAGCUACACACUUUAGACCUCCCACAACAUUAUGUCUGUAAGGAGAACAAGGUUUUUGCUGAUCAGCAGCUCUGUGACAUUAAGAAAAACUUCUGCCGGGACCAAGAGGAACCAGGACCUCUACAGAAUAAAGAGGGGCAGGAGGAACUCUGCACUAGUCUGUGCCAUCGGGGACUGGAUCUUCCACAGAUAAAAGAGGAACAGGAGGAACUCUGCACCAAUCUGCAUCAGGAGGACACAGAGCCUCCACAGAUUAAGGAGGAAGAACGGGAACUUUGCACGAGUCAGGAGGGAGAGCUGCUUGUACUGAAGCAGGAGACUAAUACCUUUUUGGUGACUCAUAGCGACAAUGUAGAAAACCCUUUGACAUCAGAGAGUCACUGCAAUACUGAUGCAGGUGAGAAGCCUUAUGCUUGCAACACUUGUGGCAAAAAUUUCAGUUAUAGUGCUGCCCUCACAGUCCACAUGAAAACCCAUAGAGGUGAGACACCGUAUGCCUGUCAAAUAUGUGGUAAAGGGUUUUAUGAGACUUUUUUGCUGAAAUAUCAUGAAAGAAUCCACACAGGUGAAAAACCAUUCUCGUGUGAAAUAUGUGGGAAAGGUUUCAGAAGUAAUGACGGCUUGACUGUCCACAUGAGAAGCCACACAGGUGAGAAGCCUUUCCUUUGUAACAUCUGUGGGAAAAGAUUUACUGUUUCAUCAGCAUUUAAAAGGCAUGUGGCUAUCCACACAGGUGAAAAGCCUUAUUCAUGCAUUACAUGUGGGAAAAGUUUUACUCAAAGUGGGAAUUUGACUGUUCACAUGAGAACUCAUACAGGUGAGAAGCGGUAUUCUUGCAACAUAUGUGGGAAAAGUUUCAGUCGAGGGGGUACUUUGGUUGCCCACAUGAGAAUUCACACCGAUAAGAGGUUGUUGCUUUAUGGAUGCGUCGAGGUAGAGGACGGUUGUGUUGUCAUAUAUCAGAAAUAUAUUUCAGCCGCUGAGGUAAAAAUGACUUCAGUCCAGAAUCUGAGUGAGUUUAUAAACGAGCGACUGACUGCUGCUGCCGAAGAAAUAUUCUCAGAGUUUGAAAAAACCAUCGUCCAGUACGAGGAGGAGAUCGACCGUCAGCGCAAACAGCUGGAUAACAUCUGGAAACCACAGAUACCGUUACAGACAUCAGACUUACGACAGCAACAUGUCUGUAGCGACAAGGAGGUUCUCGCAGACCAUCAGCCCUGUGACCUGGAGAGGAGCACCAUUCAGGCCCAGGAGGAGAAAGAGCCUCUGCAGAUUAAAGAGGAACAGGGGACACUGUGCACCAGUCAGCAAGGAGAGCAGCUUCCAUUGAAGCGGAAGACAUAUACAGUGAUGCUGGUUCAGUGCAAGUCCAAAUGUGAAGAGAUAUUCGGAGUCUUUGUAAAAGCAGUUGUCCAGUAUGAGGAAGAAAUCAACCGUCAGCGCAGACUACUUAAUAUCAUCCAGACACCUGAAAUAAAGUUACACAGAUUAGACCUCUCACAACAAGAUGUCUGUAAGGAUGAAGAGGUUCUUGAUGACCAGCAACUCUGUAACCAGGAGAGCAACUCCAGUUUGGACCAGGAAGAACCAGAGCCUCCACUAAUUAAAGAGGAACAGGAGGAACUCUGCACCAGUCUGGACCACGAGGACCCAGAAUUUGCCCAGAUUAAAGAGGAACAGGAUGAACUCUGUACCAAUCUGGACCUGGAGGACCCUGAGUUUCCACAGAUUAAAGAAGAACAGGACGAACUCUACUCCAGUCAAGAAGGAGAUCUGCUUGUAGUAAAGCUGGAGUCUGAUACCUUUAUGGUGACACCUUCUUAUGAGGAAAGUGACCACAGUGAGCCAGAACCAAACAGUGACCAGCUCCUCUCUCACAACUCUUCUGUAGCUGAGGGCCUAGCUCAGGAAGGAAGCAUGCAUGCAGACACUGGGUCACUUCAAAGUGCUGAAUUUCAGCUGAAGUGUAUAAAGUGUGAUGUUUGUGGAAAAGCCUUUAAAGAUAAGUACCACUUGAAGAAACAUUACAGAAUCCACACAGGUGAGAAGCCGUAUGCUUGUAACACUUGUGGGAAGAGAUUUUACGAGAUUUAUUUAAUGAAAUAUCAUCAAAGAACUCACACAGGUGAGAAGCCAUAUUCUUGUGAAGUGUGUGGUAAGAGUUUCAGAAAAAGUGGCAAUCUGACUAUCCACAUAAGAACUCAUACAGGUGAGCGACCAUACCUUUGUAACACCUGUGGCAAAAGAUUUACUGACUCAUCAACAUUUAAAAAGCAUAAGGCAAUCCACACAGGGGAGAAGCCAUAUUCUUGCAAAAUAUGUGGAAAAGGUCUCUCAAGUAACUCAGUUUUGUUGGUCCAUAUGAGAACCCACACAGGCGAGAAGCCAUACCUUUGCAACACUUGUGGCAAAAGAUUUUCUGAUUCGUCCACCUAUAAAAAGCAUGCAGCAAUUCACACAGGUGAAAAGCCCUAUUCUUGCAAAAUAUGCGGAAAAGGUCUCUCAAGUAAUUCUGUUUUGUUGGUCCACAUGAGAACCCACACAGGUGAGAAGCCUUACGUUUGCAAAACCUGCAAGAAAACGUUCAGUUCAAUGUCCGCUAUGAAAAAGCACACCAGAGUCCACACAGGUGAGAAGCCAUACCUUUGUAACAUGUGUGGGAAAAGGUUCUCUGACUCAUCAGCAUUUAAAAGACACACUGCAAUCCACACAGGUGAGAAGGCCCAUUCUUGUGGAACAUGUGGGAAAAGUUUCACCCACAGGUGAAGAGUCAUAGUCCUGGUUCAUCUGUGGGACUUAAAAAACUGAAAAUUCGUUGAAGUUCAAAGUAGAUCUUUCAGAUUUAAAGCACUUUUAGACUUUGCUUCAACAGCCCUCCUACGAGUUAAUUGCAUGACACACAGUUAGAGAUGGAUCCAGAUCUGUCAAAUAUUAGAUCUUUUCUGCGAUUGUCCCUCCUAGUUGGAAGUUACUGUCACCAAACCUUUCUUUGUGAAUGCUUCUGUAGAAUCUUGGUGCUACAGCCUUAGAGGAGAAGACCUCAGAAAUGUAAUGCAGCAGCAGGAUAGAAGAGUGUUUGUCCUCAUUUAUACACAUUAACAACCUGCUGCUUGAAUCUUAACUUUCUUGUUGAUUCUGUUUGUGAUUUUUGCCAGUUACAAACUCCCCUUAGGGCUGCACAGUGGAGUAGUGGUUAGCACUUUUGCCAUGCAGCUAGAGGAUCUCUGGUUCGCGUCCCAGCUUUCCCGGGAUCUUUCUGCAUGGAGUUUGCAUGUUCUCCCUGUGCAUGCGUGGGUUUUCCCAGGGUGCUCUGGCUUCCUCCCACAGUCCAAAAAUAUGCUGAGGUUAAUUGAUUAUUCUAAAUUACCCUUAGGUGUGAAUUUGAAUGUAUAUGUAGACCUGCGACAGACUGGUGACAUGUCCAGGGUGUCCCCUGUCUUCGCCCGAGUCAGCUGGGAUAGACUCCAGUACCCCGCGACCCUAAUGAGCAUUAAGCGGUGUAUCAGUAAGGGAUGGAUGGACAAACUGCCCUUAAAUGUUUUUCUCUGACCAUAGCAAAUGUCUAGGAAGUUUUUUUUCUUUCUUUCUUUUUAACUCAGAACCUACUAAAGAUGUAUGUGCACAUGUUUUGCAUCUUGUUUUAUUUUUGAGAAAAUAAAAACAGCAGCUGGAUUUCUGUGAUUCGCUGAACUUUAAAGUCCCAGCAAUCACAACAGCGACUGAGCCAAACCAUUCGAUGUUGCCUCUGAGUUUAGCAGAAAACAACUAGAUAAUUUUUGUCUACGGUUUGUGAAUGUUUCUCGAGUUGUGAUUAGAUGUUUUUACAGUAAUCUGCUGUUCCAGCAUGUUUUCUUGCCCCAUUUUGGUAAAGUUGCCUUUUCCUUGUGGCUUCCUCUUGUUCAGAUCAACUCGUAUCGGUCUAUUGUCUGAAUGGUAAAUAUGGACAACUGGUUAGCUUAGCUUAUCAUGAAGGUUGGGAUUGUGGACCUAUUAAAUGUACCUAUCAACAGCUAUAAAGCUCAGUGAUCCAUCAUGUUGUAUGUCAUUUAUGUAAUCUGAAGCGUGAACCACCAUGUGGCUGUAGCAGACCUGGCCGUCAGUUUUCCCAUCUAAAAACACAAACAUAUUUUCCAAAGCGUCAAACUUCUGCUUUCAAAAAGACUUGCACACAGUCUUACUUGCAAGAAUUUGUAAUGUUGUAGUAUUUUCUUGGGCAAAUUCAUAAGUAACGCCAGACUGUGUAGAAAUGAACAACGAACCCCAGCGAAUAAGUGUUUAGCAGAAAAGGAAACAUGCAGGUGACAAUUUACCAAAUGUAAAUAUAGAAUGUAAGAAAUCACAAGAAGAUGAUAGGAAUUAGUUCACCAAUAAGUAUCUUUGAAGCCAAUGUUUGAAGAGUAUGAUUCCAGAAAGUCUCAUGCUCUUUGAGUGUUUUACUAAACAGGGUUAUUCAAAAAGAAUACACCAAUUUCGUAACGCAAUAUUUUAAUGAGGAAAAGCAAUAGAAAACUCCAGCCAAGUCACAAGUAUUCUACUCACAAUCAACUCUUAUUUCCCGUCUUACGAGUGUUCAAUGUGACUACCCCCUGCAGCUCGGGCAACGUCAUUGCAAUAAGAGAAUUCCUCCCAGACGCGUAUCAGCAUAUCACAAUCCACUGAGUUGAUUGCUGUUGCUAUCUGAUGUCAUUCGAUGACCUAUAACAUCAAAUAAAAGUUGAUUGUGAGUAGAAUGCUCGUAACUUGUCUGGAGUUUUCUAUUGUUUUUCCUUAUUGAAGUAUUGCAUAAUGAAAUUGGCUCAUUCUUUUUGAAUAACCCCGUAGUUCUUGCCUCUUAGUGGUAAGGUGACGUGUUUUUUCCCUGUUGAAAAUUUGUAACAUCUUCACCUUACCAUGAGGUAAGUGCCAUGAGAUGACAUACGGUAUGCUGUGAAUUGGCCGUAAGAAUGGAGUUGAGCUGAAUGUUCAAUCCCUCAGAGGACCAACGACAAGUUGUCCUGAUGAGCAUCACUGAAAUGUACAGCUGUGGGUUUAUCCUGGCCAUUCGGGUGUGUUGUGCUUUUAUGUUCACCGAUCUGUUGUUUCAUAUUUCUGGUGGCUUUCCCCAACACAUGAUACACAACUGAUGACACUGUUGUUAGAAAUAUCUUUGUAUGUAUUUAAGCUUUAGUGGUGUUAUUGCACUGUGCACAGCAGUAGUUUCCAUUCAGAGGAGGGUGCAAGCAUGCCUGUGUUAAAUGACUAGGUUUCUCCUGGUCACAGAGGCAUGCUUAAAUUGAUGCCUUAUAUUUCCUCCCAGACUUUAAGCUGUACCAGAAUGGAAGGGCCAACUCACAUGUUUGGAUAAUUCUCAGUGAUAGAUACCCCCAUUAUGCAAAGCUAAUCCUCCUGCUUUAUAAAAUCCUCUGUAGAAUGACAGACCUUUCUCAGUGGGGAAUCCCUCUUUCAUUUCUAUAUCUUGAUGCAAAUUGUGGGUUGCUUUCACGAGUGUUCAACAGGUAACAAAACUGAUAAUUCACCCAAGCUUCCAAUAUAAAUUCGUUUGGAACUGGUCGUCGUCCUCCUACAUAUCUGCUUCAUAAAAUAGAUGUGCAAACAUUUAUUUUGUUUUAAAUCCUGCUCCUGCUUUAAAAUGACAAAGAUGAAAGUCAGUUUACACAUCUGUUGCCAACAAAUAAUUUCUCCAUAUCUCCCUGUUGCUCUUAAAAUGGCAACAAAUGAUGUCUUCGGACUAACUCAUCUUCAUCAGGCCUCAAAAAUAGUGAGUUUUGUACAAAAUAAGUUGCUUUACAUUUUAUUUGAUUGGUCUGUUUUACCUCAAACUGUCACUUCCUUUCACCUAAAGCUUCAUAAUUGACAUAAAAAAUGUAUUAGUUUGAGCAUUUUUAGGGGGUCUUCUGGUAAGACAUGCAGCAAAUGACUGUGGGUCAGACUCGAACCCAUCGCCGCUACAUCGAGGACUAGAGCCCCCGAUGUGGCGACUAUGGGCAUCUCCAUAUACUGUAGUGGAUAGUCUAUUAAAGGAAAAAACUUUUACUUCUUCCAAAGAUUAUUUUUAUUUUCUUUCUCAAUUCUUAGUUUUUUUGAAAAGACUAUGAAACAGAAUAAUAAAGUGAAAGUGGGAGACAAAAACUUACCACCUGUUUUAAUUUUCUUCUUUACAAAACCCAACAUAAAUUAGAUUUCUUUGUCCAAUUUGCAUUUUAUUUUGUUUUCAUUUCAUUAAACUUCUAUUUUUUUAACUUCAAAAUAUUCUCCAGGGUGUUUUUUGUUUUGGUUGGCUAUUUUUUUCCGUUUGCCUGUUGAGCUACCUAAGCACGCAGUUUGAACUUUUUUUUCUGGUUUUCUGGCAAAAAUCUCUAUUUCAAACUGUGAGUCCCACACCUUAUGUUUUACAGCUCUCCAAGGUUUAUUUUGCUGUUGAGGUGAACAAAUGCAAAAAUGAGCACUUUGAGGAAAAAGAGGGAACAUUAGUGUAGCAUGUUAGCAUUACCUGAAACUGAAUCUUCAUCAGUCAGAGAAGAAAGCGGUCGGUCGGAUCAAUCAGAACAGAAAAUUUGUUUCGGACAGUCACUUAACUGAAACACGCAAGAAGAUUUUCUUAAUGAUCUUUGUACUAAUAAUAGUGUACAUUGUAGCAUGUUUGGACCUGUACAGAAAGUUCUGUCUGUUAAUUUUUGUUAACUUCUCUCUGGUUUGGUAAUAAAAUAUUGAUGAUACUCUGCUUCAACGUCGCUGUUUGCAUGUGUGAUGAAUUUUCUGCCUGAACAAUAAAAAUCACUUCCUUCAA